AUGGCCACCGCGGAUCAGACCCGGACUUUCAUGAAAGACGUCAAACGCGCCAUCAUCAAGUUGGGCACUGCAGUUGUCACAAGGCAUGAUGGUCGACUGGCCUUGGGCAGGCUAGGAGCUCUUUGUGAGCAGGUGAUGGAGUUGAAUGCAUUAGGAUACGAGGUGAUCAUUGUGACCUCAGGUGCUAUUGGUGUGGGGAAGCAGAGGCUCAAGAAAGGAAGCUUGUCAAUAGCAGCUUUGCUGAUCUGCAAAAGCAACAGAUGGAGCUGGAUGGAAAGGCUUGCGCUGCCGUUGGACAGAGUGGCCUCAUGGCUCUUUACGAUAUGCUAUUUACCCAAUUCUGUGCCUUGUCCAUAUGUUUCUAAUGUUGAGCUUCCCGUUAUACAGCUUGAUGUAUCCGCUUCCCAACUUCUUGUGACACACAGUGAUUUUGAGAAUCCAAACUUCCGGGAGAGGCUCCGUGAAACUGAGUCACUAUUAGAUCUUAAAGUUGUCCCAAUAUUUAAUGAUAAUGAUGCCAUGAGUUUGUCUUUACAGGAUUCAUCUGGUAUAUUUUGGGAUAAUGACAGUUUAGCCAGUCUUCUGGCUAUAGAACUCAAAGCAGAUCUCCUUGUUCUACUCAGUGACGUGGAUGGCCUCUACAGUGGUCCACCAAGUGAACCUCAAUCAAAGAUAAUACAUACCUACAUCAAAGAGAAACAUCACAAUGAGAUUAUUUUUGGAGAUAAGUCACGUGUAGGUAGUGGAGGAAUGACAGCUAAAGUGAAGGCUGCUUUCGUGGCUUCAAAGAGUGGCACACCUGUUGUUAUUACAAGUGCUCGUGAGAUGGCUGUUGCUGCAAGAGAAUGUCCAAGGCGUCCGCAGAAUUUAUCAUCGGAUGAGCGAAAGAAAAUAUUGCUAGACGUUGCAGAUGCUUUGGAGGAAAAUGAGGAUCUGAUUAGAACUGAGAAUGAAGCUGAUGUAGCUGCAGCACAAGAUGAUGGAGGCUCUCCUCUUCUUUCAUAA